UUGCAUACAAGGAUACAGGGGCUUGCAUGGCGACACAGAGAGGAGGUCAUGAUGGAGAGACGCAGAGAGAAAGGGGGAGAGAGGAAAAAGGAACAAGACAGGGGGAACUGAGAAGAGCAUCUGAGAGCAUAACUGCCUGUUUGCUCACUCUUGUCGUCUUGCUCCCCCUCCUGUCCAUUCACUUCCACUCGCAGCACGAACGCUCAGACAGUGAGGUAGGCACAGCGGAGCUCAGCGCUCUGAGGGAUGGAUAAAUAGGUUCCCACGUGAAAGGCAUGCAUCCACAGAAGAAGAGCAGAGUGAGAUAGAGGAAGACACAACCAGAGAGGAAAGGAGAGAGAGGUGAGGAGGAGAGGAAAGGGAGACAAGAGAGAAGCAGAUGGACUCUACACAGAGGAAAGGAAACGGUGUGAAGCUCACCAAGCAGCAGUGACAGAGAGGUGGGAAUAAGAGCAAACGAUGAACGCCAGAGGGAUGGAAGAAUGGGCUGAAGAGACGUGAAGGAAUAGCAGAGAAGCGGAGCGAGCAUUUGUGGGAGAAAGAGACAACACAGAAGGGAAUCAGGAAGAGAGAGAUGUGGAAUUCCACGCUGUCUUCAACCAUGAGAGAAUGAGUCACUGAGAAGAAGAGCUGCAAAAAGAAAAGAGUGAUAAAAUCAAAAGGAAAGGAGGGAGAGCGAAAAAAAAUUAAAAAAGUUGAAACAGAUAGGCCAUUAUGUGGAAGUACGCAGGCCCAGCCCAUACUUUGGUCAUCCAAUCUCCUGAGGGCCCAGGGGACAAAGCAAGUGGAGAAGGAGGGUCUGCCAAGAAGACAAGCCAAUGUGAUGGACACAGAAAGGAUGGACAGGCUACAUUUUCUUCCUCCCUGCUUAUUUGCCGGUAACCUGCCCAGCCUCAUCAAGAGUUUGUCUCCCUGUAAAGAAGCUGAAGUGCACAAAUUCAGAAGAAAUGUGAGGGUGUGGUCAUUUCUCACAUUCUCAUUUUAAUGAGUAUUUGAUGCUGCAUAUAUUUAUUUUUGUAACAGUGUAAGAUAAAUGCUAACCCAAGGAGGUUAGAAUUUAUCACAGUGAUCUUUACUUCAUUUUUACUUGCUUUUAUUAAUAUACAUCUUGAACUGUGGAUACGGUAACCCAUCCUUUCUAGGGGACACUCUUCGUUGCAAAGGAAGUCCUUGGUGUAUAGAUUUGAGAUAACCUAAGCAGCUGCACACAAACCUAUAAAAAAUAUAUCUUAUAUGGUCUGUUCUGUGAUGAAACUCAGUCAAUCUAUUGUACAAAUCGCUCACUGUUAUAAUGACUAUAAAGCAAAGGGGGGGUCUCUCUCCUUGUUGAAGUACUGAAAUAACUAGGCCUUCACAACAUCAAACUGCCUGCAGAGCCUGUGGAUGUUGGGGGAGCGAGAGAGACAAGAGAAAUGGUGAGCAAAGAGCCCAACCACUUGCUCUCAGGCCAAACCAACGGCAAGAGCACCUUGGCGGACAAGUUGCCCGGGACAAUGACUGUGCGCUCUGUGCUGCUCAAUCGAGACUCCCCAGAUAUUGAGAGCCGCCUCAAGCGGCGCCGCAAUCGCACCCACCAGGUCCGCUUCAAAGACCUGGAGGAUGGCAGCAGCAGCAGUGGCAACAGUGGGACAGGAGAAAACAAUAGCCAUCAGAGGCUUGCCACGGAUUGUAACAGCCCACAUCCUCUUCGCAAACACAGCAGCAGGUCCCCCAAGCCAUGGACUGACAGGGAUGGGCCACAGACUCAGAGUCUACCUGGCCAAACCUCUGUGGUGGGGGCUGUGCGUGGGGACAUGGCAAGGACUAUAGAGGUGGUUGCUGCUUUCUUAGCCAGGGCCCCUCCUCAUCCAUUAACUCCGGGUCCUACACGUCGAUGCUGGGGACCACCACAGACUAACUCCUUGACCUUGCCAAUGACACGCAGGCCCAGUACGAGCACCAGCACAGCCAUCCAGACCUCCCCAUGCCUGAAAAAGCCCCAGUCCCUCUCUUCCACCCAUACACGUAGCCACAGCCUCGGGGACUCAGUGGGCAUGGAUGGGGAUGACGAACAUGACUCUCAAGAUGAGUACCUUACGCACAACCAUGUGUUGGUAUCUGGGUCCAAAGACCAGAAUGGUCCUCCUGGGCCUGGGGAUCGAGCUGUGGUGGAACGGAGGUCUAAAGCUUCCAGGACAGACAUUAAAUCAGCUGUUAGUUUGGUAAAAAACUACAGACACAGCUGUCCCCCUUCAGUGCUUCACAACACUGAGCCAUUUCCCUGUUCCUCUGUAUCCUGUCGAGAUGGCCCCAAGCGUCAGGGAAGCAGCACUCCCUCAGUGGUCAGGAGGAGAAAGCGCCUUAACAGGACAACGAGUGAUCCUGGAAAGGAAGUGCACUACUGCACCACUCCGACUCAAACUGAACGCCCCAGUCCAUCCCCGUCACCCUCGAACACCAAACUCUGCACCACUCAAGUUCAAACAGAGAGCCCUUCCCCAUCUCAAAAUUCAAAGUCUUGCACCGCCCAAAAUCAAACUGAGAGUCAACUUAAAUCUCCACCUUUGAGUGACAAACAAUGCACAACUCAAAAUCCCUCCCUACCUCCAAAUGCUGAAAAGUGCACCAUUCAAAUACAAACAGACUCGCCAUGUCAAGCUCCUCCAAAUCAUGAACCUUGCACUACCCAGACACAAAUGUGCAGCCCUUGUGUUUCCCCACCUCUGACAAUAUCACUGAGUGCAUUGCAAACUCAAUUUGAGAGUCCUGUUUCCCCAACUGCAACUAAAGAUCCACCCACCACCCAAAUAACUACUGUGCCUUACUGUACCUCUCUCCCACCUGCAAGUGCACCAACACAGACCCCUGAACGCUGCGCUAAACCACCUUGCUCCUCUCCAGCCAAGCCAGCUUGCAUCACCCCACCUCCAGCCAUAGCACUGUCCAUUCCUUGCUCCACUUCUGCACCUACUGUUGCCCAACACCCUAUCCCGUAUUAUACUGUUGUGUCACCACCGACAACCCCCAGCACAAUUGUUGUCUGCUCCAGUCCUUCCUCAACUGCACCAUCAUGCCCCAUCCAAAACUGCACCUCCCCUAUCUCAAGCAUAGUGUCAUCAGCUCCCCUAACCUGUUCCACCCCUACCCCAACUGUAACCCCCAAUAUAACUCCUGUUGACCCCAUCAGACAUCCUACCACUGCCCCAAGCGUAACUCAUGAACAACCACACAGUGCAUCAAACGCCACACCAUGUACAUUUGUAACUCAAACUUCCCUGUCAUGCACCUCCAUAUCAUAUUACUCUACCACACAUUCGGUUAGUGCCCAUGCCCCUCAACCAAAUUCUACUUCACCUUCUUAUGCCACUCUCAUACAAACUGUGUCUCAUUGCAACAUUCCAUGUCAAGCUCUGCAAAAUACCUCUUCUGCCAACACAGGCAUAACCCCCUACUCCUCCCCAGUCCCCAAAUUAAAAUCUUGCACUUCCCCGCCUCCACUUGUGAAAACAUAUGCGUCCACUCUUCCAAAUGCACAAACGUGUGCAACACCAAUUAAAGCUGUUCCUCUUUAUUCUUCCACAUUUCGUGCUGCACCACCAUACACUCCCCCCUCUCAGGCGCCCAAUAACGCUCAGGAUAAGAGGGGGAUUCGACUUCCACCUCCACCCCCGCCACCUCCACCUUACACACCACGCAAAAAGGGAAGUGAUCCACCAGGUCCUGCAAUCCGAACACCCAUGCUCAGGGCAGACAGCAAGGUCGGCAAGAGAGAUAAAGACGGGGAGAGGGAGAAAAAGGAAGAUAUAAAAUGUACAGACUCACCCAAGCUCUGUGAGAGAGCCAGCUCUCUGAAGCACAGAGCUCAAACUCCACCAGUUGCUGUGAUGAAGGGAGAGAAGCAGUCCUCCUCCUCCUCUCCUGCCAAGGCCUGUUUUAAGUCCAGCUGUCUCAGCUCAGCCCAGGCUCAACUUGGGGUGCUACACAAAAUGCUCUGCUCAGGACCCAACGCCAGGCCCAACACCCCCAACAGCCAAUACCCUCCAAACCAGCAGAGUUGCUCUGGAGCCAGGGGCUGCUCUGCUUCUGGGGAGCGGCCUACAGCUGGGCCCCUGACUGCCACCCAGGCUGACACACUAAGACAGGUCCAGGAAAUUCUGGGAGGGUUGGUGUCUGGUGCCAGGUGUAAACUGGACCCAGCCAGGGUGGCAGAAAAGCUCCUGGGUCCCAACGGACCCCUGCAUGAUAUUCGUCACCUGCAGACUCAGCUCCAGAGCCUGGAGGGGGUCCUGGAGACCAGCCAGAACACCAUUAAGGUCCUGCUGGAUGUCAUUCAAGACCUUGAGAAGAAGGAAGCCGAAAGAGACGGAAGACAUUCAUAUAGGACCGGACAGGACAUUGAGAACUGUGGGACCUGUAGGGACUGCGCCUGCAUCAUCUACAGUGUCGAGCAUGACUUCCGUCUGCAGGAGGGGCAGGUGGUACGCACAUGGAAAGUGGGCGACCCUCCUGAAGGCUCGCCACAGACCCCAACUCCCCAGCCCUCCACACCCAACCAACAAGACUCCCCUCAGCCGGUGCGACCCCCUGCCAAUGCCAGGAAAAACAGGAAGAAAUGUUUCUGGUUCCUCUGAGUGCAGGCGGAUUGGAGAAAAAGACAUUUUGAUACCAUAAUGCACUGCGCACCCUUCUUUAAAAACCUGCAAAUGAUAAACUAUGGAGACAUGGAAUGAACUGGAGAAUUAAAAUGCAUUAAAUGCAAACAUGAAACUGUGGGAGGAGAAAGGGUGACAAAGGUUAUGACAAGUUUGCUGUUGGAGUUGAUGAUAAUGGUUUGACUGGGCCGCACAUGUUGUUACUGCUCUUGAAAUGCCUCUUCAGCACUUAGAGGUUUGGUACUGGUGCAGGGAAGUAAAAGUGCUGAAGUCAAAUAAAAGCAAAAGUUCAGUCCACAAUAUGACUCACAGUUAGGAAGCAAUUAAGAGGCAUAAAGAGAAUAUAUAUAUAGCGGGUGGACCGGGGCAAGGGGCAAUACUGCAGAGAGGAUGGAGUAUAUUUAUAAAAGAUGAAAAGAAUAAAGUUUAUAAGCAAAGAGAGAAAAAGACAGGAAGGAUUCAUCUUCAUUAAUGGACAAAUGAGGGUCAGAACACCAGCUUUUAUAUCCAGAGACAUUUAAAAAGAAUUAUUAUGACCUGUAUUUAAAACUUUUAAUAUACUGUAAUUGAUAACAAAUUACUACACAUGUCUACAUGCACAUACAGCACACACAAACACAUACAUAAACAAAUGAAGUGACAUAUUUGCAUAAAAGGCAUACAGUAUAUAUAUAAAAUGAGACAUUGAGUGAGUUGAGCGACUCUGCUUGGAUGCUAUAUUUCAGAUAUGGAUUACAGCUCUAUAAAAGUAUUUUACCACA